GAGCCUUUGAUGGAGUGGCUUCGACCGUUUGGUGUUUGGCAACAUCCAUCAAAAGUGUUUUUCAUGUAGAUUACUUUGCUUUUUCAGUUAGUUGUUUGGGCUUUUCAUCUGCUUUUUUUCCUUUUAAACUUUAUGGUCUUCCUGCAUAUUCCCUUAAACGCUUUGUCUAUCAAAAGAUUUAUACUUUGUGGUUGGAGGUUGUUGAUUUAAGGUUCUUUGCAACAGGUUAAGCGACUCCUAGAUGAAGGAAUGGAUGUAAACGUGGCUGCAUGGGGGCCUAAGUCGAAAGGGGUGACCCCACUCCAUCUUGCUGCUGAGGGUGGCCAUCUUCAAGUUAUGGAUGAACUGCUUGAACGUGGAGCUGACAUCGAUGCUAGAACUAAGGGUGCUUGUGGCUGGACUCCACUUCAUGCUGCAGCCAAGGAAAGGAAGAGAGAGGCAGUCAAAUUCCUGGUAGAGAAUGGGGCAUUCUUGCCGGAUGACAUCAGUGACUGCAGAUUCAAUCCACCACUCCAUUACUGCCCUGGUCUUGAGUGGGCAUAUGAGGAGAUGAAGCGUCUUCAAAGGGAUAACUCAUCAUCAGGCGAGGCAUCUUACAGCUCUGAAAGUUAAUCUCGUUUGGCCAGCAUGGUUUCUCAUCACAUCCCUCUUAUUGCAUGUGGGUGUUUGCCAUGUUAUCCUUGGAUAAUUGGCUGAAAUAAGAGCACGUAUUGUGAAUACUAGGGUUCUCAUAUUUGUGUUCCAUAACACUUGUUCAGUUACCUCUUGCGCUUCAGUGAUGUUUUCAUGUGUGUAACAUCAAAGCUCUCUGCUUCUAAUUGUUGCAUCUCCAAACGUUCUGAGAUUUGGCCAGGGACGGAUUCAAGGUGGAGCAGCAAGAUCCAUUGCCUUGGAUUCUGCAAAAUCAUAUUACAAUAAAAGUCAUCUUUACAAGUUGUAAAUUAUAUGCCCAAUCUUCCUUUAAAUUCACUCUCUUACAAAUUUCCUGAAUAUGUACAAGUCUUUUGCUCGUUUGGUUUGUCCAUGUAAAGGUAAUUAAUAGUUGAUAAAUAAAGUUUUGAUUAAUAU